AUGUACUGGAAUGUACACGAACUAUGGAAAUCUGAAAUCUGCGUUCGUGUGCGCCUUGACGUCGAUCGCAGCAGCCUCACUCGUCAUCGCUUGGAUGAGCUUUGCGGAACGGACACGUCCCACUACGUCUAUCUUCGUUGGUAUGGAGAGACCAUCCGUCUCAGCGACUCUGAAGACAAUGUCGAACUUUCGGUGGAGACUGAGUUCAACCUCCCGGAAAGCCUGUCCGGCUUCAACUACUUUAAAGCCAAGCAUGAGGAUGGACAGCUCAUGGCCACAACCUUUUCCACCGACGUCGGAGCUGAAGUCAGUGGGCUAGGCCACGCUACAUUGGUCCAGGGCAGUGUUAGUAACUCGAACUACCACAAGCUUUCAUCAUUGGCUCGCGCAUCGCACGUCGAAAUCUACACGGCACGUAAUGAUGGCAUCCUGUCACAGCUAGAUAAGCUGAAGCGCGUCUUGACGACUCACAACCAUCGCGGGGAGUUUACGGCCAAGUAUCAGCUUGCAAACGAUAAGUCAAAUUCACAACGCCGGACUAACCCACCUCAGUUUGCUGUACCUCCGAGACACACUUUCCACAGCUGGCCCGACUACGCCCGGACUAUGUGCGCUGCUAUGCAGCGGGAGGCAGAUUUCCGAAAUGAGACUAUGGAAGAGUACUCAGCUACACCAGCGGACAAAAAGCACGGCGCCCAUACUUACACUCGUGGAUGGUUGUUCGUCAAGUCUAAUUUUGACACUGAUAACUACUCGGAUCCCAUUAAACUCGGUGACGUAGUCACGAUCUGGGACAACUCUGAAGGCACCAAGGGCUACAAGCAGCAACCACUCCAAGCUAUUGCUGUCACUAUCCCCUAUUCACUCAGCAACUAUGAGACAUGUCUGUACUUUACCCUAGACAACGACACCUAUCUGUCCAACGCCAUUCUAGGUCGACCUCAAAACACUUCUUUCUUUGAGCUCGAGGAAUGUCGAACCCAUGAAGCUUUUGUCAAGCCUGAAAGCAAUGACAACAACGAGCGAUGUGUUUUCAAGUCAUUCACCAAGAUGGCAGAAGACCAAAAUGCCGAAGACCUGCGCCGGAUUCUGAUCGGCCGCGACUUCCAUUCUUCAGGCAUGGUUGAUUUGUUUAAAGGUCUUUCGGAUCAAGAGGCGAAUCGGGUAGAGAAGAUGAUGAUUGGCCGACCAGAUCAAGUGGCCGCCUUCGAAAUGACACGCAGGCUCACAAAUCGGCUUGCGUUCAUUUAUGGUCCUCCUGGAACAGGCAAGACCGAGAUUGCUGCAAUCUUGGGAGUUGCAAACAAGAUGGCAAACAAGAAUUCCACUGGACCCUCCACUGCUUAUUUCACUGGCAGCAAUUAUGCUGCCAAUGUCUUGGUCAAACGCGCAAACGACCGUGGAUGCAAGACUCUGCGCCUACAAUGCAUCAGUCUAGUCAUCAACCGACUUGGUCAGCAACUAAAACUCAUUUGCCGGCCCUCCUCCGAAGGAAGCACCGCAGUCCCGGACAUGUUCCAGCGGAAGCUCAGCAUCUUGGCCAAGUCACUCGACCAAGAAGCGGACCGCCUCAACGUGGCUCUGUAUUCUGAUCAGGAUGACUCUCAAGAAGACACUGAGAUGAUUUCUGGAUUUAAGAAGGAGGCUGACAUCAUCCUAACGGACCACAGAAUUUCGCCUGAUGUUAAGUUCUACACCGUUGAGUCACAAGCCAUGCUGCUGAUCAAGAAUCCCGAAUGGAAGAAUCUGCUCGAUCUCGCCAGGAUGGCGGCAAGCAAUUGGUCGGGCCUUAACAAAGAGAAAGCCAAGAAGAAGGCCUCUGAGUUCGACAGCUCUCUUAAGAAGUUGGUCUACACGGUUAUUAAGUCUAGUGAGGCUAUUGUGGCUACAACAAUCGUCAGUAACGAUUUGAAAAAGCUGGACUGGUUGAAGCCGUCACUCGUCGUUGUGGAUGACGCCUGCCAAAUGAAGGAGCCAGAGUCCGUCAUGGUCCUGACAAACAACAGCCAGGCGAAGGGGUUUGUCUUCAUCGGCGACCCAAAACAGCUUCAAGCAAAGGUAAUGUCAUGUCCUAGGCACAUUGAAGAUCCGGAAAAUCAGCGCCAGGCGGAAGUCCCCACCCAAGAGGAUAAUCCUAUGAUCCUUGAGGGCUCUAUCCCGCCGAACGAGCUAUAUCUUCAGCUGAAGCUCCCCCUCAUGACCAGGCUUAUGGAGCUUGGUUAUCCGUCGGUAUCCAUGCACAUCCAGUCACGUGCUGUUUCCGACAUCGCGGAUCUAUGGUCUGAGCUAUCGUACGGAGGUGAUAUCGUACAUGGAAAGAACACAUCGGUGAACACGCGCCUCCACGCGAUGUCCUUCCGGCGAUUCGUCAAGGACGAGUUUGGCAUCUCCGAUGCCAACGCAAUCGCAGUCGACAUUGCCGACAGCUCAUUCCGAGUUGCUCGCCGCACCAAGUCGGGCGUCAACCCAGACUUUAGAUUGAGGACCAACCAGCUGAUUGAGAAGAUGAGUGGAUACGGCAUCCAUCCAACUUCCUGCAUGAUUGUCACACCAUACAACGGACAACGUCUCGCCCACCACGCGGAGAAUCAGCGUUUUGCCGUCACAAUCGAUGCCACGCAAGGCGCUGAGUACGACAUCGUGAUAGUUGAUUUGGUGGCUGCUGGUAAAGGCAACAGGCCUUACCCCUUUGUCCAGAAUGCCUGCAGACUAAACGCCGCGAUUUCGAGGCCCCGGGAUGGACUCAUUGUCAUCGGCGACAAGCGUACUAUGGCCGACAGCGCGCGAUACCAGCCAGGUGACGUGAACUAUGUUUACGCUGGUAUCUUCAAGAUUCUGGAAUCGCGUGGUUACAUGGUCAGGGAGGAAGUCGAGAAGGGCCGCUACAUCGAGGGAGGUCGUGAUACGGUCGAGGCUAUUGGUCUUUCUGACGAGUUUCCCAAGUGUACCAAGUGUGGCGAGCGCGGACACCGUCUCGCUAGGUGCCCUCGGGAGUAG